CACUUGUAAGUUAUAGAGGUAUUUGAGUAUUAUGAAAAAUAUUAUCUCAUUUUUAUUGAUUAGCCAUCAUCUAAGACAAGCUUGGUAUAUUUUAGAAAUUAUUGUUGAUAAAGCACAUGUUUAGGUAAUUUAGAAUGAUCCUAAAAGAGUUUAUAGAGGAAUUAAAUGAA